CAAGAUGUCGAAGCUAGUAUUUCUGAUGGCCUUUGUGGUUCUUUACGGUGUGGUUUCGGCUUAUCCAGCCAACGAGGAUGCGGUUCCUGCUAUCACUCUAGAGGAUGUCGUGGAUUUGGGUGCCCAGGAAGCCAAGGAGGGCGAAAGGACAGCUCGCUGGUUAUGGGGAGGAUGGGGAGGAUGGGGAGGAGGCUGGAAUAGAGGAUGGGGAGGUGGCUGGAAUGGAGGAUGGAACGACGACUGGAAUGGAGGAUGGAACAACGGAUGGAGAAUUUCCUAUCGACCUUGGAGAAGCAGCUAUUGGUGGUGAAUACACCAAAACAGUCGCUUCCAAAAUAACAACAUCAACUCUCAAAAUAAACAACAGCCAACUUUAAAAA